UUCCACACACACACACACAUCUCUUACACGUGUGAUAUCACACACAGUCGCUCACUCGUCUGUCUGACCGAGUAAAAGGUGGCUCUUGCUGAGACAUCGGACGCUACGUGGAACCAUGAAACUUCUGGCGUUACUUCUCUUAGCUGAAUUUUGCUCUGUCAGCACACAGACCGUGCAGUGGGUGGACCACUGCUACACCGGCUCUGGGACCGGAUACCGGGGACUCCAGACGUUGACUGCAUCGGGCCACCAGUGCCAGACCUGGGCCAGCAAAACCCCGCACCUGCACGCGUACACACCAGAAGGAUUUCCGGAGGCUGGUCUGGAGAACAAUUACUGCAGGAAUCCGGACUCGGACCCCAAUGGACCCUGGUGCAUCACUCAGGAUCCCAACGUCUUGUGGGAGUACUGCGCCUUGCAGCGCUGCGCAUCUGACGUUCUCCAGCGCUACGGUGAGCUGCACACGCCCAACUACCCACUGGGCCACUACCCGAGCAGCACCACCCUGCAAUGGACGCUGCGGAGCGAGGGGCCGCGCAUUCAGAUCACCUUCCUGGACUUCGACCUGGAGGCCGACGGCAACUGCGUCUACGACAGCCUCAAGGUGUACGAUGGACCCGACGCGUCGUCCCCGCUGCUGCUGAGCGCGUGCGGCGGCGAGCGACUGGGCGACGUCGUCUCCUCGGGCGCCGCUCUGCACGUGGCGUUCACCUCGGACGCGACGGUGGAGUCGCGCGGCUUCUGGCUGUCGUUCGUCACCGUGGUGGACGACACCCUGCCCAGCACGGCGUUGUACGGCCAGGACUGCGUGUUCGGCUCGCGCGGCUACCGUGGAACGCAGGGCGUCACGAGCGGCGGCAAGACGUGCCAGGCAUGGGCCUCGCAGAGCCCCCACCUGCACCAGUUCGUGCCCGCGAACUACACCGAAGCCGACCUGAGCCUCGGCUACUGCCGCAACCCGGACGGGGAUCUCGCGGGGCCCUGGUGCUACACGACGGACAGCGCCACCCGCUGGCAAUACUGCGGAAUAACUCACUGCAAAACGUGUGGGCGCUCGUACUACAAGCCGGUGUUCGCGAGCACGGGCCUGGGGCGGAUUGUCGGCGGAGAAUUCUCGCAUCCCAACUCCUGGCCCUGGAUGGCUUCUCUGCGCCCGGGCAAAAAUUACAGGUCAGGAAUUUGCGGAGCGUCGCUCAUCCACCCACGGUGGAUUCUCACGGCGGCGCACUGCAUUCGGAAGAACGCCGACGGCAGCCUGCCCGACUUCCACGCCGUGCUCGGCCUCGCCGACGCGGAGGCGGCGUUCGGGGACAGCGUCGACGAGCAGUGGCUGCAGGUCGAGCGGCUACACGUGCACGAGCAGUACGGCCUCGGCGAGGGCUUCGUGCCCAACGACUUGGCGCUUUUGCGCACCAGGGAGCCGGCGAGGCUCGACGACAAGGUCAAUCUGAUUUGCCUCCCAUCCCGUGGAGAGCGUCUCCCAGACGACUACACCAUGAUCUUGACAGGCUACGGCAUGGACAGUGCGACGGGCGUGCCUCCUGCCCUGAAGCAGGCGCGGAUGAAGCACAUCUCGCUGGAUCGCUGCCUCGGCUUGCUCGGCUCAAACGUCCGCGCCAGCGGGGGACACAUCUGCGCCGGCUACGUGGAGGGGGGAGCAGACGCGUGCAACGGUGACUCGGGGGGACCUCUGGUGGCGCCCCGUGGCGACAAGUGGGCCCUCUUCGGCCUGGUGAGCUGGGGCAUGGCGUGCGGCACGGCUCCGGGCGUCUACACCGAGAUCUCGCACUACACCGACUGGAUUCGAGAGAAGAUGGGCAGCGACUGGAACGACGCUGUCCUCUGCAACCCUUGGCUCGGCCUCUGAGCAGGCUGGGCCAGACGGGACGGCGCCAUACAGGAUGAUCACUCCGCAACGACAUCAAUAAUCUCUCAUCGUGGAUGGAAGCAAUACAGCUGUGUGGUGUCCAGGCCACGGAAUUUGUUCCGUCACACUCUUUGUGCCGUGUCAUGUCGCGCUAAAUGAGCAAUUGGUAAUGGUUUCGUUCAGUGUGCUGGCUCUUGUGCAGGCCUGCCCGUGUCUGAUCAGUGGCUGUUAUGCAAAAGUGACCAAAAUACGUUAAGAGUUACCUGCUGUGCGGUGAGUCUGCGCUGAUGCUUUGUCAAAGUUGGCUGGCUUAACCCUGAAGCAAUAACGGACGUUUUUUCGUAGCCUCUAGAUUUGUCUAUUGAGAUGUGCAUUACCACAAACUGCAUUAUCUGCAAUUGUAGCUAUUCCGUGCGUUGUUUUUGGAUUGGUACAAUGUCCGACGUUUUCGUUAAUUCGGGAACUGCAUUAAUUUCCUAAAUUUAUUCCUGAAUUCAUAAGCUCCCAGCAUGUGGAGCGAAAACGUCAAACCUCGUGCUGAACACACAUGGUGCCAUCUGAAAAACACAUAUGAGAGCUAAAACUGCGAAAAUGUACACAGUUGUAUGUGCAAUUGUUGACAACUUGCAAAGCCAAACUUAUCGUAAUCGUCCUUUCUAUUUCAAAACAAUCGCCCACAUUAAUUAUCAAAGCUUCAACUGUGCUUCAAGUUAGAUAUAUAAUGAGUUUUUUUUUAUAAUGGGGUGAUUAAGGCUUUUAAAGAAACCAUUUAUCUCUCAACAGCAGCUACAGGGCAUGUCCUUCCAGUGCAUGGAGGCAUUGAACCAUGCUGUGUUUAGUGAGCUUACUGUUGCAUGUUCAACAUUUGAGGAGGAUGAGAUAGGGCUUUUCAGAGGGGUACACCCAAAAGUCCAACUUACAUCCAGGACAUCAUGUACGAGAACAUUUGGAGCAAAAAUAACGAGACGCGUUUGGAGCCUUUCAGUACAUGCCCUUCUGUCGUAAAACAAAUAACAACUGUUAAAAACUACGACACCGUUCAUUAAAAUAUCAGCUUGAGAAAGAAAAUCGGUCAAAUAUUUAGGAACCUGUCGCAAAUGGACACCUAAUGGUACAACAUUAAAACAUCCGGAAUUAUGGAAUUAAAUCAUAAUGAUGAAUUUUGCAGUGUUUUUUUCUCCCGUGCAUGCUUUGUCACACAGGCACACCGAUAUCACCGAUCGCGUGAGGCAUGCAAAUCUUUAAAUACACGGUAUCAGUGGCAUACAUCACAGUUUAGAAAAUGGGCCUUGCAGCUAUUUCUGCUCAUUAAAUGAAACCCUCAUCAAAUUAGACGCGAAACAAAAUAACGCGACAAAGAAAAUGCAACCCUUAUCGAAAUCUUGCGGGACACAGCGUGACGGGAUGUGUGUUUUAAAAUGUGCAUUUUCCUGGAUCGCUGCCCAUUUUUUUCAAAGCCUGUGGAUCUCGCUCAUUAAAAUUUAAAUUCCUCAUCCUUGCAACAAAAAAAAGAAAAAGCGGUCUGGUCCCUAUAGCUGUUUGUUUGAAGGCUUGUGCUUGGCAGCAUCCUUGGGAUUUUAUGGCGAUGCGUGGUGUUACUGUGAUCAUCAUCAAGAUGCACGGCGCGUCCACAAUUUAAUUUCCGGUGCCUCUUCCUGUACACAUUACAACAUGUGCAAUGCUCGCAAGACAUCCGUUUACAUCUGCUCAAGCGCCCCGCACAUCAAGCCUCUGCAAAAGCAGUCUCAACGCACACGUGACCUUACGUCAAUUAUCAAAUUCAUGAAUGGGAGGGAAGAGCGUUGCUUGGCUCUCCGAUGUGUCUUCAUCGUGUACCAUGUGUUCGGCACGAUGUCCGAUAUUUCGCGCUGGGAGCUCCUGCAGUUGCCGAGGAAGCUCCGCCGUGCUGGGGGGACUGAAGCAGAACUGCAGAAACCUACGUAGCAGAAAAGUGUUGUUGCACUGUUCUUACAUACUUGACGUGUCUUUCUGCGGUAGCCCAGUGAACCCACUCCAAGAUGUCUACGAGUUGUCAUGCAUAGACGCCUGAGCUUGAAACCCCACGAAAAAACAGAUCUGUGAACCAAAAAAAUGAAGAAUCGCCCUGCUACAGAAACUUGAAAUAAUGGCCGAGCAUGCCUUAGUUCAGGAGGUCCCCAACCCCCGGGCCGUGGACCGGUAUCGGUCCAUGGGCCUGUUAGGAACCGGUCCGCACAGCAGCAGGAGGUGAGAGCGGUGAGUCCGCGAGUGGGCCGCCCCAAUUAUUUUAUUAUUUACCACCUCCGUCCGCGCCUCUUUCCCGCACUGCGCACUUGUCACAGUUUUGGUGAGCCCACAAGCUGCUAACCCCCUGGGCAAAAUGAGUAAAAAACAAACGUCGCUGGAGAGCUUCUUUGAAAAGGGGGAAAGACCCAAUGAUUAACCCCCCCCCCCCGGUCCGUGCCAGAAAGGUUGGGGACCGCUGCCUGAGUUGAUGUGCUCCAACCCGCCACCUUAUCACUGAUUUGCUCAGUGGCGGAGUAUUGCACUCCAUUCUGGUCUGGGAGCUCGUACAACAUACUGUUACAUGCACAAUGAAAUGAAUCAAUGCCCGCAUGACGUGAAUGCUGAAACCUACAGCAAUCCCUUGGCUCCUGGGUCUGGCAUGACAACUGCAAGGGAGUUUACAGGUUUUCUUGCCAAAGACAACCUUCUCAUGAACCAAUAUCUCAGCAAUGUACCUCGCCACCGACUCAAGUCCAGAUCCGUCUCCUGGGAUCGCGCUGUUAACAAUCUUAUAACCUCACCCAGAUAUGAACAGAGUGGAACAAUGCAGACGUACAGAAUAAACACCUCAAUCGAGACCCGGACACCGCAGCUCCUGUCCUUGACAUUCAUCGAAGACACUGAUGACGUAACCAAUCAAACGCAUUAAAUAUCAACAGGCCAAUGCGCACGUCUCCUUCAUGAAUCAAAAAGGAAAGACAAGCCACAGUGGGAAUGUGGCCAUGCAAUCCAAAAACGUAAAACUAAAUUUCGUAAAUUGGAAUCGCUUUUCCCCAUUAAAUUACAGUCAUCACAACUUUACUCCGAACAUUAACAUUUAUAACUAUAUCACUUUUCACAGUACAGAAAUAAUAAUAAUAAUACAGAACAUAAAUAUUAAAACGAUUGACUAAUAAUAAAUUUAAAACAAAAUUACACUUUUUUGAAGGAAUCCACUAAACAAUCUGCUGCAUUAAUUCUAGAUUUGAAGCUUUCGUGAUUGCAAGGAUUCAUACUCUUUGUUUUUUUCGGUAAAGAUCUGCUGCAUGUUGGAAUGACUGGACAGGUGACGUGGGAGGCGUCACUGUUGCACUGUAUGGACACCGUGACGCUGUCGCGGAUGGUAACGCGAAUUCUGCUAAAACCAAAUCUUCGUUAAUCGAGGGAUACCUUCAGCCUACGCUGUCAACGGAGGAGUCGCAAACUACACUUUCUGCUAAAGCCCUCUCGUCAUGGCUAGCAGACCUCGACAUUGCUAUUUAGCUCUUGAACAUAUUGUCAUAGGCAAGAAUCGAAAAGAGCUUUUUUUACGUAUAUAUAUUGAUCUUCUUUCGCACCGUACGUAGCUAACCGUGCUUAUCGGAGGUGCGGAUGAAAGACAACAAACUAAACACAAAAAGCAGUUCCAAAGAAGUGAGUUUGCAGUCUAUAUCUGAAAGUGCUGAGCUCCUGUGGCUUCCUAAUAUCAGAAGGAAGAGCGUUCCAUGCGGUCGCAGAAGCGCAUCUGAAAGCGCGUGAUGCGGUGACCGUCGAUGGCCAGCCAAAUCAGCUGCGAGAAUGACCGGAGUUCGCAUGAUGGUCUAUGCUCCUUGACGAUAAGCUCUUCUGGUCCAACACCAAUGGAGACUAGGCUCUAAGAAAAGCUGUCUCGGGUGUGGACCAAUCAACUUCAAGGACAGUGCAUAUCAUUAUCAGAGUUGUUUAUUUUUGUUUGCAUUUUGACUGCUUGUGCUGUGGUUAUUGAAAACAUGAUGCCUUGUAUGAAGGUGUCAGUUUUGUACCAGUUUAAAGGGUAAAAACCUACUAAUAUAUUUUGCCACUGGUAAAGGAGGUCUCAUAGUGUAAAUGCUUAACCCGAGCUCUCAAAACUCUGAUAGUGCGCUGUUUUUGAGUUGUACGCCUUUUGGCGUCUUCUGGUCCAACACCAAUGGAGACUAGGCUCUAAGAAAAGCUGUCUCGGGUGUGGACCAAUCAACUUCAAGGACAGUGCAUAUCAUUAUCAGAGUUGUUGAUUUUUGUUUGUAUUUUGAUGCUUGUGUUGUGAUUAUUGCAAACAUGAUGCCUUGUAUAAAGGUGUCAGUUUUGUACCAGUUUAAAGGGUAAAAACCUAUUACUACGAUACGUUCCCUGUCUGCCUUCACCUACCUGCACACCGCCCAGUGUUUUGAAGUACGGUCGAACAACCGCCAUGACCCACACGGCGCGGUGGAGGCUUUCAUCCAGCAGUGGAUUGACAAAAGGGCCAUGCAUGUGCGCGUGAGAGUUAAACGCGACAAUGUCUCGUCUGGGUCAAGUCUUUUUUCUUGGAUGAGGGAUGUCACAUUUGUCACAACAACAAUUAUGUUAUUUGUCAUAUGAAAGAAUGUAUCUGACAUUUGUGCGCUCUGAUGCAAUUGACAAUGGCCGUACCACGCACCACGCGCUGGCAUCUGAUGCCACUGUGUUUAUUUCAAAUAACAAUGAAAAAAGACCGCUAUAAUAACCUGAUUUGUUUGGGUACAAAUCAGCGCACAAACACGGCCUAAUUGUUCUCUGCGAAGUGGGGCCAUUGCUCGAUACAUCCAUUAGAUUUUUGUUAUAUAAUUUUUUAAGGCCACAGUGUUAUUGAUAAAUGUGUUGAAUGUCGUCAUUGUUUAUUAUUCUGUACCUUGCCAACAAUGUUUUCCAAUUCGAAAAUGCCAUUGAAAAUGAGUCCAAUGUUUGGCGAGCAGUUUUCAGGCCAAAAAAGAAAGUUGACCGCAAUGGAAAUAGCGUCGUUUAAACCAACCGCUCAUAUAAAUGUAGAAAAGUACAAUGCAUUCAUAAGGUAAGGGGCAGGAGGUAGUGGAGGUAAUCAAAACACCUGUUUUGAUUACGUCCACCCCUUCUCCGUCGUCGUGAAAUAUUAACGCCCGCAUCUUUUUUCAUUCUCCCGAGUUUCCCCAUUAUAUUUGAUUUGAAAGUUUGGAGUGGGGCUGAGUGGGAGGCUGUAAGGAAGGUUGCUCUCAUGAAACACAUAAAAAAUAUAUGACGGGGCUCAUGAAAAAUAAAUAAACAAAAUAUAUUAGGCGCUAUCGUGGGUGGAAUGUGGACACUGGCUUAAUAGACAAGGGUCGGUGAUGGUCUUGCUGUCUGUGCGCUUUCUGAACCAAUCUUUUAAGUUUUGCAGUAGCAGCAGCAGCAGCAGGAGGAGCGUUCGUUUGAACAAUAAAAAGUCCGGAGCAGUUUUUCGUCUCAUCAGUCGCGUCAGGCACGUUAAACAAAUACUGCAGGGUUUACUGGUGUGUUAUCGGCGAGAACACUCCACGAGUACAAUGCGGCCCGUUCAGAGCAGGACGGGAACACCUUGCAAAAUGUAUCAUGCGCUGUCAUAGAUUGUUGGCAUCCGACAUAAUAAGUAGCCAAUCUGUAUGUGUUUGUCUGGAGAAUUACCCCGGAGACUGCUCCACGCAUUUCAAUGAAUGUGCUGUCAUUUGGAAGCUUUUAUGUGGCUGAAGCAAACGAGGUAAAAAUUAAAGGAACAUAAAUUACCCAUAUACCCGAUCAUUCGGCUAAUUGGCGAAAAGCGGUGCUUAUUCCAUUCUACCAUUUACAAUGGAGAUAUGCGUGAAACGUGUUACGUUUCAAAAUUAUACCACACGUAAGCGUAAAAACUAUAUACUGUACUGUAUAUACAUUUAUUUGUUUGUUAUUUUACCAGAUAAGGCCAACUGAGCUACGUGGAGCUCUUUUGUCAGAAGCGACUUGGCCACAAAUUACGGCUCCACGAAGUGUCUAAUUGUGAGGACAUUUAUAGCGGCCAAAUACAAUAAACGCACGUUUCUAAUUGUGGAGGAAAAAAACCUAAGGACACGCAAAUUCCAAAUAUACAGCAGGCGUCAGGGUCGGAAUCGAACCCACGACCUCCCGCAUACCAGGCGAGGGAGUUAACAUCUCAUAGCCACUAUGACGCCCCUGGUUUUCCGUAACCAGGUUCGCAAACUCACGCCUGCGAAUGCACGCGCCCCCUUCUGCCACAACACGUGGAGACGUCACCGUCGCCCACGUGCACGCUGUGCCACUCUGCCCCCCGUCACAACGCAAAUGUCAAACUGACACUCGCGCGCACUCAUUCGCGCUUGCUUCACGGCCCUACUUUUAAACAUAAUUGCGCUCGUUACCGUGGUAAAAGGUGUUGGGCCCUGCAAUUGCUUGCUCAACGCCGCUGCUGGUGUUCCGAUUGUGAGGAAGUUACUUGGAGCGGUGCACUUUUAAAAUCUCAAUUGUAAACUCAAUUCUUUAAAAACGGAUGUUUGUGUUUAGUUUUCUUGUCCACCCCCGCACCUCCAAUGAGCACGGUUGGUUAGGUACGGUGGGAAAAAAGUUCAACAUACUGUAAAUACCGGCCACUGUGAGUGCGGUGUGCCAACCACCACACCACGGCAGCGUCCCUCACCUAAUGUAUUGUUGUAUAUUUUUUAUUAUUUUGGUGCAACAAUUUGUUUCAAAUUCAUAUAAUUGUGAAUAAACUAAUUUGAAGAAAUGUGUGACUUUUGCACCUCGGCGGGCUUCCCACUGAGUAUUAAAUACACAGAACAGGGUCUGAUGUGACCCAAACGUAAACACAUUCUCCAUAAGCCUGCUUAAGAGUGUACCUUUGUUUAAACAAAUUCUGCUGGCAAACAUCGCUCCAUUCGGGCAACGACAUCACGGACCAGUAAAUGAUUUAAUAGUGACAGAAACAGACUUUGAUAUAUUCCUCAUUAGUAUCCGGCACGGUCAAUCCACUGCUGGAUGAAGGCCGCCACCCUCUCUCCUGUUUCUGCGAUGUAACAAUCCACCUGGCAUCUGGGAAUAAGUUGAUUUCAUUCGCUCCAUCUCAUUCCCUCAUUUGGCUUGCAUUCUGCAAUUAUUCUCUCGUCCAACCAUGCAUCCCCCUUUUAACGCGUCGGCUUUCGCGAGCAAAAUCAUCCAUAGCACAGGUUUUUUUUUGGUUUAGAUCGCGUAAAUAUAUAGCGUCGUUAAACCCGCCACCAUCCCACACAGCCAAUGAAUAAAGUUUGUCGCGGGCCGUGUUUCUGCCCCAAGUGCGCUGAUUUCUUCUCAAGUUAAACGUGACGCCUUUAAACCC